UCCCGCCCCGAGCGUCCGUGGGCCGUGCGUGGCGCCGCCGCGUUGGCGUUCCUCUGGCGCUUCCUUCGGCGUGAGAGGUGUGGAGCCGCCAGGUGGAGGAAAAAACAUCGCCCCACUCAUGGCUGGUUCGCUCUUGGCUGCGGCCGCAGUCGUGAACUCCAGGAGGUUCUCCCAGACGCAGCUGCGCAAGCUGCGCAAGCUGCAAGCGCUGCGCGCUUGGCAGAGGGUGGAUGAAGGCCCUGGUGCUGCUGAGCCUUGCGAUAUAGUUUGUUUGGUGGAUCCCAAGGUCCUUGCGAGUGACUCCAGAGACUGGGAAGAAUUCCAGAGCUUUGCAAAGGAGCUCUUUGAAGGUACGGUCUCCUUCCCCUCCGCCUUGGUUCGGCUGGACGACUCUCCGACGCUUCUGUUGCGACCUGUGUCUCCGGGGGAACAGCAAUGGCCCAUCAUGCAGGAAGGUCGCACCUGAUCCGGACAUUUUGAUGGAGAGCUUUGGAAGGUGG